AUGACCACCGCUACCGCGAUACCAAAUGAAAUCUGGUUAAAUAUUGGCCAGUAUCUUGAUAUCCGAGAGUUAGUAAGCAUCAGCUUAUGUAACCGAAACCUCUACAAUCUGUUUGCGUCUCGUACCGUUGAUGCGUUCAAACACUUUUGUCCAUGGUAUAGAUCCAACAUCACGCCAGAAGGGGUGUGUAACUACUUCUGCGAGUCACGCGGGUUGACCGAAGGAGAUGUUCCCGUGGAACUUACCAACUCUCCCUUACCAGAUAGCUUCGAAUGCAUCCUCGGAGGCCAGAUGGAGUACGCACAACGAUUCUUUGUCGAUAGGGAGUUUGGUCUGGCUGGCUAUCGAGCAUCUUUCAAGUGUUGGUUCAACGAUCGAGGCCUUCAGUGCGGCAAUUGUCUCGUCUAUCUUUCUGACUCCCGGCUUCCGUGGCACAAGGGUGGCAUGGUUGUCAUAGACCACCAGUACUCCCUCGGUCAAAUUUCGUUCGAAAUUGACAAGGCCAAGUACACCUACUGCGACGACUUUAUGAGUCCAGAGGCGCUUGUGAUUGAGGCCCGGGACAAUGACGCUGACGAUACUGCAAUCUACGGCUUCAAAUUACUUAGUGGUCCUAACGUCAAAAGCUUUGAACCGGAUUUCACAGUUAUACGGCAUCCACAUUCAGAGGCCUCAACGUCUUUUCUAGCAGGCACACACUUGUUCAACGAUCUCAGUGAGCCGGAUAAUAUGCUUCUUUACAUCAAUGGUGACAUGGAACUUCAUCUUGGUGAACAUCCCGAGCCGGAGCCGCUCAAGGGUGGAGUCGUUGCAGUCUACGAGGGCAAGUUCUACUUUUUCUCAAAUGACAAGCUGAUGAGGGUGACUUAUUUGGGCACAGAAAGAUUAUGCAAGCAAAUGGUCUUAUCGUGUUUCCCUGACUGCAGAUAUAUCAAGCAGGACGACCGACACCCACGAUACCUGUGUGGUGUUGGUGACGGGCAUGUGAUGCAGUUUAUCAUUGACUUGAAAACCAUGGUCGUAUUGAAGAUGCCUGUACAAGACAAUGAAGGCUCCAUAUACAUGCCUGGAGUCGUGGACGGAGUGUUGAAGUGCUUCGUGUUCAGUCUGGAGUUUGUGAGAAACAAGUUGAAGGGUACACCACCUUCAGAUGAGGAUGGAUAUAUUAUGUUUCCAUAA